AUGCUUGAAUCGCACCACUCUCUUGUCGUGAAAGCUCUGCAGCGGCUGUACAAGCUUUGCAUCAACAAAGAAGACUUUCCCGGGGAGCCUCUCGUGGAAGCUCCUGAUGGAUAUCCACUGACGCAUGCGAUCCUGGACCGUCUAGGGCUAAUCAAGCAGGCCGAGGAGAACCCGGAGGAGCCAGAUGAAGACACCGAAGACCUUCAGUAUCUGCGGUUUCUGUCCACCUCGACCGGUUGCAGUCCAACGACCGAUCCAUCCCCGGAGCCCGCGACUCCACCGGAACCCUCUUCCAGUAACUGCAGCCCCACUAAGCUUUCGCCCAAAUCUGGCGCAUCCUGGAAGUGGGACUAUGCGCCGCUCCAGCCAGUCAAUCCUCCGGGCCACUAUCACAACUAUCAAUCCUUCCACGGCAUGGCCAUACCCCGGCCACCCAUGAUGCCGGCGGGCCAUCCUGCUGAGACUAAAUGCCAGGAACCUGUCCAUUCGGUGUCCGAUCAUGAUCACGCCUAUCUCUGCUAUAUGGAAAACAACUGUGGUGGAGAGCUGAUGAAAAGUCGCCUUCCCUCCGGUAUGACCACCGAACCCGGAAGUCACCAUAUGCCAACUCCGGCCAGCAUGUCCGUUGAUAUCCUCGGAGACUACAAUCUGCAUCUGCAUGAGCCACAGCAGCCCGUUUAUUCUGGUAUUGCCCCUGGCUGGAACUUCCCCUGUGGGUAG